GCGACAGGUACGGACGUGUUUCUCGUGGGCUCCUGCAAACAUACAGCGACCGAUACGGCCACUGAUUCACCUCUAAGAUAAGUCGAGCUAAAUAUAAUAAUACUGAACUAACACUGUAAAUUAAUACGGAGUACAAAGUAAUAAGUACAGGGUAAUUUAGUUGUUUUCUUAAGCUACAUAUAAUAUACAACUAAUUAUAGACAAACUAUAACUAUAGCCGGUGCGGGCGGUAAAUCUCCCGCCAAUUUCUGAACACUCUUUGUUUACACUUGUGGUAUUACUAAGCGUCACUGGUGAAACAGUGUUUUACGCAGAGUGACUGUGACUGAAGCUAUUUAAUAAGCAAGGUCAAGGGAAAUUAAAAUCACAAAAAGUAAACCUAGAACUUAGGUAAAUUAUAUUUAAUGAAGUAUAAUAAAAGUGAAACGCGCACAUGUCUCAUUUCACAUUAACAUAACUAACUCGGGCCUACUAAGUGUCUCUGUUUUGCUGUGUUGCCCAGGGUGGCCUGCUGGGAAUGAAGAAAGAUUAGAAAGCCAGUCAGACAGUAAAGCAAAAUUAACAACUAGGGACAGGCGGGAAGUAACUAGAAAUAGGUAGAAAUAAAGCAGGAACUGCACCUCAAUGUCAUGUGAUGUCCAUUGCACUAAUAAGAAUAUAUUAAAUCUCAAAUAAAUAAAUAUAGCAGUAGUACUAGAAACGAAACCAAUUAUUGCAAUACUAAUACUAUUAGUAUUAGUUAUUACUAAUUUUGAUACUAAAAACUAGUGAUUAUCUCCGUGCUAAGAAGAUGGCCCCCACUGCACCAAAAAAUCGUGCAAGCUCAACCAGAAAUAAGAGUAAGGAUGUAACCGAAGGCAGUGCCUCAUACCCCCAACAGAGAAAUCAGAACCAUGCAGCUUCCCACCUGUGCGGCGACGUGGAGGAAGGAAACUGCCCAGGCAAUAGAGUGCGACACCUGUGCUCAAUGGUUCCACUGCAAGUGCGAAGGGGUCUCCGACGCAACAUACGAGGUCAUCAGAGACGGGAAUUCAGGGGUAGCAUGGUACUGCAGAGGGUGUAGGCGAGGAGUAAAAAAACUAUCGGACAUGUUCAAAAUCAUGAUAACAAGACAGAUAAAGACGGAAGAAAAUGUAGAAAUGCUGAUGGCCACACAGGUUGAUAUGAAAAGUACAAUGAAAGAACUAGAAACAAAGGUGGACCUCCUACAAAACAACUCGGCAUCUGCAACUGAAAUCAUCAGAGAACUUAACGAACGCGAAAGACGCCAAACUUCACUGAUGCUAUUUAAUGUCCCGGAGAGUGAUGAAAUGGUACCAGCAGACAGGGUCAGCCACGACACCAUGGAGCUUAACAAAUUCAUUACAGAUAAACUACAGGUAGAGGUCCCAAACGUUAAACAAAUAAUUAGAGUCGGGGCAAAAAACGAGGAUGGGGCCUUUCGGCCCAUGAAAGCGACCUUCGAGGACAAGGGGGAUCCCUCUACACUAAUGCAGGCAUUAAAGAAACUAGACUUUCCAACAAAAAAGAAGUUGACGAUUCACUUGGCCCUAGACCUCACCCCAAUGCAACGCGAAGAGGGAAAAAUUCUAAGAGCUAUGAGAACUCAACGACAGGCAGAAUUGGAAAAAACCGGCAUCAA